AUGGCCACAUGCGAUGCCAGAUAUCGCUUCACCAUGGUGGAUGUAGGGGGAUACGGGCGAGAAAGUGAUGGUGGGAUCUUCAAGGAGAGUCGAUUUGGUUCUAUGCUGCUGGAACACGAACUGGACCUGCCCCCACCAGCCAAUUUUCGUGGGACAGGUGUAAUAAUUCCACAUGUGAUAGUUGGUGAUGCUGUAUUCCCCCUACACAACAACCUAAUGCGUCCCUUUCCAGGGACAAACUUGCCCAGGGAAAAGCAGAUCUACAAUUACCGUCACUCCAGAGCCAGACGGGUGAUUGAGAAUGCUUUUGGCAUUUUGGUGGCAAGGUGGCGGAUCCUAGGAAGACCCCUAGAGUGUCGGCCAGACAAAGCUGUCAACAUCGUCAAAGCAUGUUGUGUUUUACACAACUUCCUGGCAUACACUGAUGAGGUCAACACAGCAGUGAAUAGAUACAGUACAUCCCUGCAAAUUUCACAGACUCGGACACUACAGGGUCACCUCAGCUAG